UAUGAUAAUAAUCCUAAUAUAAAAUAUUUAUGUAAUAGUAUUAUUAGGUUGGGUUAAGAUUAUUCAUUGUAAAUUAUAAUAAUGUAAUAUUAAAUUUAUAAUCAAUUAAAAUAAACAUAUUCACAUUUACUAAAGCCCAACACUAUGGUGUACAGUGCAGGAGAAAUAGAAAAUGUUCGUGUCGCGGUACGUUUGCGACCUUUAAGCAAAAAAGAGAAAUCUACAGGUUGUGUACCUGUGGUUGUGGCUGAUUCUGAAAAUGCAGCUGUUUUUGUGAAAAAUCCAAACCCAUCGCAUGUUGGUCCUCCAAAGACUUUCAUGUUUGAUUUGGUAUUUGAUUCGGAUUCUAAACAAUUGGAUGUGUAUAAUGAAGUGGCACGACCAAUUGUUGACAAAGUUUUCGAUGGCUUUAAUGGAACAAUAUUUGCUUAUGGACAGACCGGCACAGGCAAAACAUUUACAAUGGAAGGAUCUCUUUUAUCCCCAGAGCUUAACGGAAUAAUUCCUAAUUCGUUUGCUCAUAUAUUUGGCCACAUUGCUAAAGCAAAGGAAGAUAUAAAGUUUUUGGUUAGUGUUUCAUACUUUGAAAUUUACAAUGAAGGUGUUUACGAUUUGUUGAGUAAACACGUGUCUACUGAAUUGGAAGUAAAAGAGAGACCAGAUGUUGGUGUGUAUGUAAAAGAUUUAUCGACAUAUGUGGUAAAUAAUGCAGAUGAUAUGCACCAAUUGUUGAUGACUGGAAACAAAAAUCGUGCCACUGCCGCGACAGCUAUGAAUUCUGAAAGUUCUCGGUCACAUGCAAUAUUUUCAAUUACCAUAGAAACUAGUCAACCUGAUGUUACUGGCGAGUACCAUGUCAAAGUUGGCCGACUUCGAUUAGUUGACUUGGCAGGUUCGGAACGACAAUCAAAAACAGGUGCUCUUGGUAUAAGAUUUAAAGAGGCAACUAAAAUUAAUUUAUCUUUAUCAACUCUUGGAAAUGUAAUUUCUGCAUUGGUUGAUGGAAAGUCUACUCAUAUUCCAUAUCGGAAUUCAAAACUCACACGAAUAUUACAAGAUUCUUUGGGAGGAAAUUCAAAAACUGUUAUGUGUGCCACUGUAGGGCCAGCUGGUUUUAACUAUGAUGAAACUAUUAGCACUUUACGAUAUGCUAACCGGGCCAAGAAUAUACAAAAUACGUCCAAGGCUAAUGAAGACCCUAAGGAAGCAUUGCUUAGACAAUUUCAAAUGGAAAUCGAAGCUUUGAAAAAACAAAUAGACGAUAGUAGUAAGGGUCUUAGUGAAGCAGAUGAUGAUGGUGAGGAGGAAGGAGAAGAAGAAGGGCUGGUUGUUGGAGCUUCUGAAGAAGUUGCUAAUGCAGUGCAGAGCAAACGUGAAGAAUUGGAUGCAGCACGCCAAGAAAUGAUUAGGUUAAAGGAGAAAUUGGAGAACAUGGAGAAAAAAAUAAUUGUAGGUGGCGAGAAUCUAUUAGAAAAAUCUGUGGCACAAGAGAAGUUGUUAGAAGAUUCAGCAAAAGAACUAUUAGACAGAAAAUCUAGACAGAUGAAUUUAAAUAUGCGUUUACAAGAAGUGCAAGCUGAAAAAUUGGACACCGAAGAUAAAUACAGUGGUUUGCAAGAGAGAUCAGGAGCAUUAAGUAAGAAAUUAAAAAAAUUAUCUGCAGCCAUUUUAGCUGUUAAAGAAGAUCUUAAAGAUACUGAAGAUGAGGGCAAAAGAGAAAUAGUGGAAUUAAAACAGAUUCUAAAACAGACUUCUAAAGAAUUAAAGAUGCAAGAAGUCAUUAUUGAGCAUUUUGUCCCUGAUGAUUACUUAGAACUUAUCAAAAAGAACUCAUUCUGGAACGAAGAGAUUGGAGAAUGGGAACUAAGAUGUGUAGCAUAUACUGGGAACAACAUGGCAAAAGAGUUGCCAAAUGAUGAAGAAAUUACAUUUGAGACUCGCAGACCAGAUUUUUCACACGUUUAUUUAACUUACAAAGACAGAGCACAGACAAGAUCAAAGUCAAGAACUGGAAAACGGACUUGAUUGUUUUUCUUGUUUAUGUAUUCAUUUUCAGUAUUAACAAGAACCUAGUCAUAGUUUUUUUUUUUUUAUAAGAAUAUAUCACCAUUUACAACAUGCUUA